AUUUUGUGAAAAAAUAAGUGAACAACCAAGUCUAAAAUAACCUUUUAUUUCAAUUUGAAUGAUUCAAGAAUUAUGUUCAUCUGUCGCAGACAGGAAGAAAACAUAUCAUGAUGAGGAAUUUAUUACUUUUUAUUACUUUUCUGAUUAUUACAAGUUGGAUAUCAUUAUCAUUUGCUGCUGACUGCCCCCCAGGACAAUAUACAUCUGGCAAUACAACUUGUGAAUGCCUGCAAUGUCCAGCUGGAUAUUUUUGCGUUGGAGGAAAUGAUACAACAAAAGAGCCAUGUUUGCCGGGACAGAAUAGUGCGGCUGGUGCAAUAGUUUGUUUGGAUUGUAACCCUGGAACUUUUAGUACUGCGAGUGCUUCAACAUCUUGUACAUCAUGCUCAGCUGGAAAAUAUUGUCCAGGAGGAGGUUCUGUUGAAUAUGAUUGUAAUGAUGGUUCUUUUUCCACCCCGGGCCAGUCUGGAUGUCAACCGUGUCCUGCUGGUAGUAAGUGCACAUCUCCUGCUUCUACACCAACUGCAUGUAUAGAUGGCGAAUGGAGUGCUGAAGGUGCCUCUACCUGCACUCCUUGUCAAGCUGGGUUUGAGUGCCCAGAUAAAACAUCCGAGAUACCAUGUCCUGCUGGAAAAUACAGUACUGUGGGUUCAGCUUCUGGCUGUCUGCCAUGCCCUACUGGAGAAUAUACAACAUCUGCAUCUAGCUCUACAUGUACUCCUUGUUCUGCAGGUUCUCAAUGCAGUGAUCCAGCUUUAGCUCCAGUGCGUUGUCCAUACGGGUCGAUUGCAGCAUCUGAUAGAAGUACAAUUUGUACGAGCUGUACCUCUGGUAAGGUUUCUUCUGCUGAUAGAAUAACAUGUGAAGAUUGUCCAGCUGGAAAAGAAUGCCCAAGUACAACUACUCCACCAACCGAUUGUCCUGGUGGAACAUACUCUGCACUUGGUGAUUCUACGUGCACUACAUGCUCUGCGGGUAACCGAUGUCCUGUAGGUUCAGCUGCUCAGGAUCCAUGUCCUACAAAUGAGUUUUCUGAUUCUGGACAAACAUCUUGUACUUCGUGCCCUGCUGGUUAUUCAUGCACUACAACAGCUAAAACACCUUGUUUGUCUGGACAAUACAGUGCUGCUGGAUCGAGCUCAUGCUCAGAUUGUCGAAGUGGAUCAUAUUGCCCUGCGUUUGCAUCUGGCGAAAUUGCGUGUGGAACAGGAACUUAUUCAAAUGCAAAAGAGUCGUCAUGUCGCUCAUGUCCAGCAGGACAUUCUUGUGUAAGCCAGCAACCUCCAACACCAUGUGCAAGUGGGACAUAUUCUCUGGGUGGGCAAGAAACAUGUACCACAUGUGUUGCAUUAGAUCCGUUCUGUUCUUCUGGUGCUGCAUCAAACUGUACGAGUGGUCAAUACGAGAAUCCACCCGGAACAUGUAAUGAUUGUGUCGCAGGACAAUAUUGUGAUGAUCCUAGUAAAACAAGUCCACAAGAUUGUCUUGAUGGUGAAUACACUGCCAUAAGCAAGGCAACCUUCUGCACAAAAUGUCAACCUGGUUAUUUUUGUGCAAAUAAAAAUGACGUAGGAAGUCAAUGUUCUCUCGGUACUUAUUCAACAGGCAGCGCAACAGAAUGUAGCAAAUGCCCUGCAGGGUCGUAUUGCCCAUUUAUCGAUCAAGCUGUUGUGAUACCAUGCCCGCCAGGAACCUACUCUGUUGAAAGUAGUUCGACAUGCACACCAUGCCCAAAAGGGGAAAAAUGUCCUUCUACCAGUACUACAGGUACUCCAUGUGCUUCUGGUACGUUCAGCCUUGGUUCAGCAACAUCGUGCACCAGUUGUCCUGCAGGGUUUGCUUGCCCAUCAACAGACACAACUGCUGAUAUGGUUGCUUGUCAACCUGGUUCGUAUUCAGCAGGAGGUACAACUACUUGCAAAACUUGUGAUCCUGGAAAGGAAUGUCCGCUUACAAAUUCCAACAUAGAAAGAGAUUGUAACAAUGGAUUUACUUCUGCCGGAAACAGAACAUCAUGUGUACAAUGUCCUGCUGGUUAUUAUUGUGCUGUUAAAACAAAUGAAGAAGGAGUUGCAUGUGAUCCUGGAACUUAUUCACUUGGGGGCCAAGUGGCAUGUACGAACUGCCCUCUGGGACAUUAUUGUCCUUCUAACACGAGUGGUCCUAUACCCUGUCCUACAGGAUAUUAUGCUAAUGCUCAGAACUCACCAAGUUGCACACCAUGCCCUGCUGGUUUUCAAUGUGCUGAUCCUGCACAAGAUAAACAACCGUGUCCCACAGGAACAUUUUCUUACAAUACAUCUGUUGCAUGUCAACCAUGUGAUGCAGGAUACACCUGCUCGGGCGAAGCGAUUGUCCCCAAUCCACCUGAUGACAUUUGUCGUGCUGGAUAUUGGUGUGAUGGUUUAAAUGAAUUUGAGUGUCCCGAAGGAACUUACAAUGAUAAACAAGGAGGAAUAAGUGCUGCAUCUUGCAAACAAUGUCUUGCUGGGUUUUGUUGUCCAACUCCUGGCGCAACUAAUGGAAAUUCAACUGAGUGUUUCAGUGGAUAUUACUGUCCAGUUGGUACAGCCAGUUGCAGACAAUUUCCUUGUCCAGGUGGCACAUACAAUGACACACAAGGAAGUGUUGCAGAAACAGAUUGCAAGCCAUGCCCAGCUGGAUUUUAUUGUGAAGGUGCCACUACGACUCCUGCUGUUUGUCCAGAAGGAUUUUAUUGCGUUGAAGGUCAAUUUACCCAACAUAGGAAUCCAUGUCCACCAGGGACGUAUGGUGCUUCUGAUGGGUUGGAAAAUGCCACACAAUGUACUAUUUGCCCUGUUGGUCAUUACUGUCCAUGGGGAAGUGAGACUGCUCCAUCAAUUACAGCAAUACCUUGUCCUCAGGGCACAUACAAUCCACAAAAUGGUUCAGUUGAUAAAUUAAGCUGCACUUUAUGUGAUCCUGGACGGUCAUGUGACGCCACAGGUCUUGAAAAUCCAAAUGGAGAUUGUGCUCAGGGUCAUUAUUGUCCUGCUGGAACUGUAUCACCAGAUACUUAUCCAUGUCAACCUGGAACAUAUACUGCGGAAACUAACCUGACAAGAACUGAAGACUGUAGUCCUUGUCCUGCUGGAUUUUACUGCACCAUUAAUACCUCUGUUCCUCGGGAUUGUUGGUCAGGAUAUUACUGUCCUAUGUUCACACCAACACCAGUAAGAUAUGCAUGUCCACCUGGUACUUAUUCUAACAAAUCAAAUAAUGAAAAACUUGAGGAUUGUGAUCAAUGUAAACCUGGAUUUUAUUGCUUGGGUGGGGAAUCUGAUGUUACCGGUGCAUGUCCGCCUGGGUAUUACUGCACUCUUGGUACUGCAGCUCCUGAUCAGCAUCCAUGUCCAAACACAACUUAUAAUGAAGCCUAUGGAAAAUCUGCAGUCUCUGAUUGCAUGAAUUGUACACAAGGGCACUAUUGUGAAAAAGGCACUGUAGAUCCGGUAGAAUGCCCCCUUGGAACAUACAUGCCAUAUGGGGCAGAUACAAGCGGGAAUGUUGUUGGGACUCCAGCUGGUAGAGAGAGUGAUUGUUUAACUUGUCCUGGUGGAUCUUUAUGUUUGAAUGGCGUUGUUGAUACCACAGGGUGUGGAAAAGGACUUUAUUCGAAACCUGGAAAUUCUGAAUGUGAAACUUGCUUAGCUGGAUACUACUGUGACAACGAUACAACUUCAUAUUCGGACAUGACUAAUGAUAAAAAAUGUGCUCCAGGAUAUUAUUGCAAAGCUGGUUUGAAAGCAGAAAGUGAAAGAACUGAUUGCACAAAAGCUUAUUACUGUCCUGAAGCUACACCAGAAGAGAUUCCAUGUCCGACUGGAACCUACAAUCCUGAUAUACAAAAAGGAAGUAUCACAGACUGUCUUCCAUGUGAUGCAGGAUUCUUCUGCAUUGAAGCAUCUUGGACACCCACAGGUGAUUGUAGUCCAGGUUACUAUUGUCCAACUGGUAUUCCUAAUGUAUAUCCGGACACUAUGACAGCUCUUCCAUAUAUUGGAUCAUAUGGCCCAAAUCAGCUACCAUGUCCCGGAGGAACCUUUCGAAAUUUAACACAAGGAAAAACUGUAGAUGAUUGUUUUACAUGUCCUGAAGGAUUCUACUGUCCAAUAGCUUCGGUUAACCCAGUGGAAUGUCCACAAGGUUCAUAUUGCACUCCAGGAUUGACCGUACCUAUACCUUGUCCAAAAGGAACAUAUGGAGAUGAUGCUGGUCUCGUUUCUAUGGAUCUAUGUACACAAUGUGAUCCAGGAUAUUAUUGUGAUGGGGAAGGAAUGAUUGUACCCAGAGGACAAUGCGAUGCAGGAUAUUUAUGUUAUGGCGGAGCUAAUACUUCUAAUCCUGUUGAUGGUACCACUGGUGAAGCGUGCCCACGUGGUGGUUAUUGCCCGCAAGGAUCAUUUGAACAAGAAGCUUGUCCUCCUGGUACAUACAGUAAUUCAUCUAAACAAACAACAGCAAAAGAUUGCAAGCAAUGUGAUCCUGGAUUUUAUUGCUCUGCUGCGUCAAGUCCAGAACCAGAUGGUCCAUGUAGCCCUGGUUAUUAUUGUUUGGCUGGAUCAUCGACUCCAAAUAAUAUUUCAUGUUCUAAUGGUACAUACUGUGGAUAUGGUUCUGUACAAGAAACAGAUUGCCCUAUAGGAACGUAUCAACCAGCAGCUACGAGUGCUAAAUGUUUACCGUGUCCACCUGGACGUACAUGUCCUAGUGUUGGAAUGUAUCAAACCUUAUCCUGUCCUAAAGGAAGUUAUUGCCCGUCUCCUGCAACACUGGACAGUAAUUUUACAUAUGAUGUGAAUUCUACUGAUUAUCUUGGGACAUAUCAAGCUGAUGGAAUUCUUUGCGAACUUGGAACGUUUCAGAAUAGCACUGAUGCUGCUACUAAAGAAGAAUGCCUUCCUUGUCCGAUCAGUUAUUACUGUAAUCGACUUGGUGCUACCGAACCUACAGGUUUUUGCUCAGCAGGUUAUAUUUGUUAUAAUGGAUCUUUUCUACGAGAACCUUCACAGGAUGCUGCAUCAGGUAGUGCUGUAGAUGUAUCUAUUGGUGAAAGAUGUCAUGCUGGAAAAUACUGCACUGAAGGUGCAACUUCAAUGAAGGAUUGUCCGCCAGGAACUUACAAUCCUGUUGUUGGUGCAGCUAAGGAAGAAGACUGUGUGCCAUGCUCACUUGGAAAAUAUUGUAACGGUAGUGGUUUAAUUGCAAUAACUGGAGACUGUGAUCCUGGAUAUUACUGUUCUGGUGGUGCGAGCUCUCCGCAGCCUAAGGAUGUGGCUACUGAAGGAGGAGAUCGAUGCCCUGAAAGGACUUAUUGCAAUUGUCCUGGAGGUUGCGACCAACCAACAUUUUGUCCUACUGGAAUGUACUCGAAUCAAACUGGAAUGAUUGAGUGUUGGAAUUGUGAUCCAGGGUACUUCUGUGAAAUCGGAGAAGACCCAGUUUUAUGUGCUGCAGGCAAAUACUGUCUUGGUAGUUCUGGAACUGAUCCUGAUCCUGACAAACGUGAGCUGGAAACUGACCCACCAUUGUGCCCUAUUGGAACAUACAGCAAUAAAACUGGACUGAAUGCAAUCACUGGUUGUACACCGUGUGAGGCAGGUUAUUUUUGUGAUGAAGAAGGAUUGACUGCACCUAAAGGUCUAAUACGUGCUGGAUACUACUCUGAUGGAGCUGCAGGUAUCAUUACACCAACUGGUGAUUGUACAGCUGGCGGGAUAUUUAGCGGAUACACUUGUGGAUCAUGUCCUCCUGGACAAUAUUGUCCUACUGGAUCUGAAGCACCAUAUAAUUGUCCUAACGGAACAUUUUCAAAUUCUGAGAGACUUGAAGCAGAAGAAGACUGUACUACUUGCACUGCUGGAUAUUAUUGCACUGGAACUGGACAAACCACUGAAACAAACCCAUGUUUACCUGGAUACUACUGUACUGGUGGAUCACAAGUACCGAACCCUGAUUUUACUUCGGGAUGGGGUGAUAUCUGCCCCAGGGGAAGCUUUUGCCCUGAACAAAGUGAAAUUCCAAAACUUUGUCCUGCAGGAUCUUAUACUGAUAGUGAAGGCCAGUCUGUCUGCAAAAUUUGUCCAGAGGGAUCUUAUUGUUUAUUAAAUACAAGUAUUCCGCAACCAUGUCCCGCUGGUCAUUAUUGUUUGAAUGGAACAAUAUCAAUGUAUUUUUAUAAAUGUCCGGCUGGUUCAUACAAUGAAAAUGAAGAAGGAAAAAGUCUGAAUGAUUGCUUGCCUUGCCCAGCAGGUCAAUACUGCGAACCUGCAUCUAUCAAGCCCACUGGAAACUGUACAGGUGGAUAUUAUUGCCAAGGUUCUGCUACAACAUCAAAACCUACCAAUAGUACUGCUGGAGGUGGUCGUUGUGUCGCUGGUCAGUACUGUCCACCAGGCAUAGCAGAACCAAUUGCUUGCGACCCGGGAUGGUAUUGUGGUCGAGCUGAAUUAGAAUCUCCUCAGGCCUUAUGUUCUGCUGGUUUUUUCUGUGCUAAUGGAAGCUCAUCUGCUGAACCUACUGGAUCUGAUAGUACAGGUGGUGAAUGCCCACCAGGAAAGUAUUGUAUCGAAGGAUCAAGCGUAGGAGAAGAUUGUCCUCCUGGUACGUACGUCGAUACCUCAAGAAGUCAAAAUAUCAGUGAUUGUAAACAAUGUAAACCUGGAAAAUAUUGUGAUGCAUAUGGAUUACCUGAUGUAUCUGGAGAUUGUUCUGCUGGAUAUUACUGUCCUUAUGGGCAAAUUUCGAAAACACCAACAGCAUUUAUUUGUGAUCAAGGGUACUUCUGUAAAGCUGGUUCUGAAGAUCAGCUACCAUGUGGUAAUGGAACAUAUCAAGAUUUAACACAGCAAGAAGAUUGCAAGAUUUGUCCAGCGGGUUAUUAUUGUGAUGCUUCUCCUGGUCCACUCAUUUCUUUCAAUGACACUGUUUGUCCUAAAGGGUACUUUUGUCCGCAAGGAACAGCUUUUUACCAUGAAAAUCCAUGUCCACCUGGUACAUUCAAUAACAGAACAGAAGCCAAAGUAUUAAGUGAAUGUAUUACAUGUCGAGGUGGACAUUAUUGUCCUGGUUAUGGAUUGGAUGAACCUACUUUGUUGUGUGAUGGAGGGUAUUUCUGUGAGAGUGGUUCAACAUCAGCUACUCCAAAUGAAACUUCUACUACAGGGGAAUGUCCAACCGGUUUUUAUUGUCCAUCUGGUACUUCAACACCAGAGCCAUGUCCGCCAGGAACAUUUGAUAAUGUUGGCAAAAGAAGUUCUGAAGAUCAAUGUCAAGGAUGUGUAAUUGGUCAAUAUUGUGCAGAAUACAACAUGACAACAACAUCUGGCCCAUGUAAUGCAGGAUAUUUUUGUCCACUCAAUUCUACAAGUCCUCAACAAGAAGAUUGUCCAAUGGGAAAAUAUUGUUUGGAAGGAACAAUAUCACCUGAAGACUGCCCAAUAGGAACAUAUUCGAAUGUAACUCGAAGAAAAUCAGAGUCUGAGUGUACAAUUUGUACAGCUGGUAAAUACUGUGAUGAAACAGGUCUAACUGAACCAAAAGGAGAUUGUGCCGGUGGAUUUUAUUGCAACGAAGGAAGUGUGAAUGCAACACCUUCAACCUAUUGUGGGCCCGGUUUUCAUUGUCCAAAUGGAUCGUCUGCUCCGAAACAAUGUGAAGAUGGUACUUAUGUGGAUUGGGACAUGGCAACAUAUUGUCCACCAUGUCCAGAAGGAUGGACAUGUACAUCUGCAUCAGGGAUACAAGCCUGUCCUGUUGGUCACUACUGUCCUGCUGGAACAAGCACAAGUCCAAUGGAAUGUCCUCGUGGAACCUUUAAUCCUGAUAUCAAUCGAGUAAAUAUAAGCCAAUGUCAGCCUUGUCCUGGAGGAAAAUAUUGUGAAUCACCUGGAUUAUCUACUUGGACAGACCUUUGCGCACCAGGAUAUUUCUGUGUGUCUGGGAUGGACAGGUCGGAACCUGACGGUUCAAAUUCGUCAACAGUUCUUGAUUGGUGCUAUGAUGGUGUACAAGAAGGAUAUGGUGGGAAAUGUCCACCUGGAUCUUAUUGUGAAAAAGGAUCUACUUUUCCCAAACUUUGUCCUGCUGGGAAUUAUUCAAUUGCUAAUGGUUCAAGCAUCUGUGAUCCUUGUCCUGAAGGAUAUUAUUGUGAGGUUGGAACAUCAGAUUAUACAAUGUUUCCAUGUCCUGUUGGCCAUUAUUGUUUGCUGGGAACUGACACUCCUAUGAAAAAUCCUUGUCCUGCUGGAAAAUAUAACAAUGCAACAACAAAAUCUAAAGAAAGUGAUUGUGUGUUAUGCACAGGUGGAAUGUAUUGUCCUAACCCAGGAACUGAAACUCCAACUCUUUCCUGUCCACCUGGUCAUUUCUGUCCAGAAGGUUCAUCUAGUGGUACAGCCAACAUUUGUCAACCUGGUUCUUUUUGUCCAGAAGGAUCAAGUGAACCAUUCACUUGCUUAGCUGGGCAUUUCUGCGACACACCUCAACUUUCAAAUGUAACUGCUGAAUGUGAUGCUGGGUAUUACUGUACUGCUGGAUCUUCAUUUGCUAAUGGAAGUAGUGCAGGCGGUGAUUGUCCGAAGGGUCAGUAUUGUCCACAAGGAAGUGGGUUGCCAUUUGAUUGUCCAUCAGGUACCUAUCGAAAUGUUACGAAUGGUAAAUCAGAAGCUGAUUGUUUUACUUGCGAUCCUCGUUAUUAUUGUGAAGACCCAAGAUCAGAAACACCAACAGCAUUAUGUGAUCCUGGGUAUUAUUGCACUGGAACAACUCGAGAUAUAAUAUCUUCAACACCAUCUGCAUAUAAAUGUCCUGUUGGUCAUAUGUGUGUGCAAGGAUCUAUAGAACCAGUCAGAUGUGAUUCUGGAUAUUAUCAAGAUGAAGAAACUCAAUCAACUUGUAAAACAUGCUUGGAAGGAUAUUACUGUGAUAAUACAAUGGCUCCUGUUGUUAUUUACAAUGCAUCUUCCAUCUGUCCUGAAGGACAUUUUUGUCCUAAUGGUACAACACGAGCUAAGGAGUUUGCUUGUCCCGCAGGAACAUAUCGAGAUACAACUGGAGGGAUAGCACAAACAUCAUGCUUUGAAUGCACUGGUGGAAAAUUCUGUGAGAUACCAGGACUUCCUUCACCAACUGGUGAUUGUGAUCCAGGAUUUUAUUGUAAAUCAGGUUCCAGUUCAUCAGCACCAAUUCAAGUUUCAGAUGAAAGAGGGCCAUGCCCACCAGGUCAUUAUUGCGAGAAAGGAACAACAUCACCUUAUCCAUGCAGUAUCGGUACCUACAACCCAGAGACUGGUUCUACUAAUUCAUCAGCAUGUCUGCCGUGUACUGAAGGAAAUUAUUGUCCAUUUGAAAAUAUGACAACUGAUGGAUUUCCUUGUAAAGAAGGUUAUUAUUGUCCAUCUGGAUCAGGCAAUCAAACCCAAGUUCUCUGUGAGGCAGGAUAUUUUUGUGAGUCAGGUGCAGGAGGUCCCCAACCUUGUCCUGCAGGAACAUGGAGUGAUAAAACUGGUCUGACAAUGAGAACAAAUUGCACCCUUUGCUCAGCUGGGUUUUACUGCCCACGAUCUGCUCAGACGAGUGUUACAGAUCCUUGUAUGGGGGGAUUUUAUUGCUUAGAAGGUCAAAGUGGAUCUUUUGAUAACAUUUGCCCAUAUGGAGUUCAUUGUCCAAAUGGAAGUGCAAUUUAUCAACAAUGCUUGGAAGGAACUUAUACUAACUCUGAAGGACGAUCUUCAUGUGAUGAAUGUUUAGGUGGUUUCUAUUGUCUACCAGUUGAUGCGAAUGACCUUUCUAAUAUACAACCUUGUCCUGCUGGAUAUUUUUGCCCGAAUGGAACAGGCAAUAACUGGCAACCUUGUCCACCUGGUAAAUACAGCAAUGAAACUGGAUUAUCUGCAAGUGCUGAAUGUUUAGAUUGUGAAGCUGGAUAUUUUUGUGAUGGAACUGUACUUACUGCACCAAAUGCAGAGUGUGAUGAAGGUUAUUUUUGCACUUCUGGAGUUAAUCAAAGGAAACCAACAAACGGUACUGUUAUUGGUGAUAAUUGUACUUGUCCUGGUGAAGAAAACACUGGUUGGGGUGGAAUUUGUCCUCUCGGAUUCCAUUGUCCAAAAGGGUCAAUCACGCCUCGAGCAUGUGAUGGUGGAACAUAUAGCGAUACUUUAGGUGCAGCGAUUUGUAAGAGUUGCAAAGCUGGAUAUUAUUGUCCACCACAAAGCGAAACAUACACAGAUAAACCAUGUCCAUCUGGUCAUUACUGCCCACCAAAUACUGAUACUGAAAAGAAAUUUCCUUGCCCGGCUGGUACAUUUAAUCCAAACAACCAGUCUGAAUCAUCAGACGCAUGCACUGCCUGUCUCCCAGGCCAUUAUUGCAGCAUAAUGGGAAUGUCAUCAACAGAUGGAAAUUGUUCGGAAGGAUACUAUUGUAUAUCUAAUAAUACUGUGCCUGACCCCACUGAUCCGACAGUUGGCGGAGAAUGUGGACCGGGGUACUAUUGUCCAGCUGGGGCGAGCUCACCCUAUUCAUGUCCAGUUGGAAAGUUUUGCUCAAAAUCAAAAUUACCUGAACCAGAAGGAUUUUGUAGCGCUGGAUUCUAUUGUGUGUUACAUUCAGUGUCUCCUACACCAGAUGGGACUGAUUCAACGGGGUAUCCAUGCCCAGAAGGACAAUUUUGCGUUCGUGGUACGGAAUACCCAGAAGAUUGUUUUAUAGGGACUUUCAGCAAUGCAAAAGGAUUAGGAAGUGCCUCUGAUUGCACCAAUUGUACUGCUGGUCAAUACUGCAAUAAUACUGGACUUUUAGCUCCAUUUGGGCCUUGUGCUGCUGGAUAUUACUGUCCAGGAGGAGACAUACAAAUAGAUCCAAUCUCAACACCAUGCCCGAGAGGUCAUUCUUGCCCCGAAGGCUCAGAUCUACCAAACCCAUGUACAUCAGGUUUUUAUCAAGAUGAACUGGGACAACCAGAUUGCAAACUAUGUCCAGCAGGUUGUGUGUGUAAUGCAACAUUUGGUCCAGUGGUCAGUUCAUGUGCUGUUAAAUGUCCAGAAGGUCACUAUUGUCUGAAUGGUACAAAGUAUGCUGAGGAAUUCCCAUGUCCUAAAGGCACUUUCUACAACGGAACAGGUUUACAAACUGAAUCAGGUUGCAUCAAAUGCCUAGGAACGUAUGCAUGUGAUGAAACUGGUCUGACAUAUCCAUAUAGGAAAUGUAAUGCUGGAUAUUAUUGCAGAUCGUCAGCAGAUUCAGUGACACCAAACUUAUCGACAGAAUUAGCAAACGAAUGUCCACCUGGAUCUUAUUGUCCUGGAGGAGUUGCGGAACCUAUCGGAUGUCCAAUCGGAACCUUCAGUAAUACUCCACGUUUGAUGGAUGCGUCAGAAUGCGCUAAUUGUACUGCAAGGUUCUAUUGUGAUGCAACAAAUUUAACAUCAGUUGCAGGUGAUUGUGAAGCAGGGUUUUAUUGUCCUACAGGAUCAAGCAAUGCACAAGAGAUUCGUUGUCCACCUGGAUCAUAUUGUCCUGCAAAAAGUAGCACACCUACGGAUUGUUCGGUUUCAACAUUUUCCAAUGCUGAAGGCUUAAAAGCCCAAUCUGAAUGUUUGGAAUGUUUAGAAGGAUUUUAUUGUGAUACUACAGGUCAAACUAAUGUUACAGGACAAUGCCAGCAAGGAUAUUACUGUCCAAAUGGAAGCAGUUCAGCCACGCAAAUAACUUGUCCUAUUGGUAUGUAUUGUCCAGUACAAUCUUCAGAACCACAGGCAUGUGGUGAUGGAUUGUAUGCACCAUCACCUGGAUCAUCAAACUGUGUUCCAUGUCCUGCUGGCUCUUAUUGUUUGACUAGUAACAUUGUAUCAGGAGAUGGCAGUUCAUUAUUGGUAGAUUGUCCGCAAGGGUAUUAUUGUCCAGAAGGCACAGGUUCUGACUAUAAACCAUGUCCGACGGGAACCUAUUUACCAACACCUGGCGGACAGAAAGUGUCUGAUUGUAAAGCGUGUGAUCCGUCAAAAUUCUGCGAAGGAACAGCAAAAACUACAACAUCUGGAGAUUGUGCUGCAGGAUAUUACUGUGAAACUGGAGUAUGGACAAAUCAGCCUGUUAAUUUGGAUGGUGUAUGCAAUAUCACAUUUGGUUCACCCUAUCCAAGUAUAGGAAACAUUUGCCCUGCCGGAUUCUUUUGUGAAGCUGGCAGUUCAGCACCUGAGCCUUGUGCACCUGGAACAUAUAUUGAUGAACCAGGAAAAUCAGCUUGCUUACCUUGUCCUCCUGGUUAUUACUGUGUGAAUGCAACAGCACAAUAUUUGCCGAAUAUAUGUCCACUUGGCCACUACUGUCCACAAGGAACAGAAUUUGCAACUCAGUAUGCUUGUGAAGCUGGUACUUACAAUAACAAGACAACACAAACACAAAAAUCAGAUUGUCUGUCUUGUCCUCGUGGGCGCUACUGUCCUGGCACUGGGACAAUUGAUCCUGAACCAAAUUUGUGUGAUGCUAGAUGGUAUUGUACCGGUGGGGCCAAAACACCCCAAGAUGGAACCCCAUGUGAAAUUCAGUAUUAUUGUCCGCAAGGUACUACAGAUCACAUGAUUUGUCCAGCUGGAUAUUAUUGCGAAAGUCCGAGUCUUGAUCAGGUUUCGGGAAAAUGUCUUCCUGGGUUUUAUUGUCCAAAUGGUUCAAGUACUGCUGAUCAAGAAGAUUGUCCCAAGGGCUUUUAUUGUGAAGAGGCCACUCCAUCACCCAUGCCAUGUCCUAUAGGUACAUACCGACCAGACGUAAGAGGUGAAUCUAUUGCAAACUGCUUUGCUUGUCCUGCAGGGAGUUAUUGUAACUCUGUUGGUCGUAGCACAGUAAAUGGACCUUGUGCACCAGGGUAUUAUUGUCCAGAAGGUUCUAUAUCAGACACAAACUCUUCCAAUGAAUGUCAACCUGGUUAUAAAUGUCCAUCUGGCGAUCCCGCUGCACCUAUACCAUGUAAUACAGGAUUCUUUCAAAAUUUAACAAAGCAAAGCGAUUGUCAGUCUUGUCCGGCGGGAUAUUACUGUCCAACAAGUCCUUUAAUGCCUGUGGAUACCCCGACAUUAUGUCCAGUCGGUAGUUAUUGUCCUAUAGAAACUAAGGCAGAAAAUGAAUACCUAUGUCCAGCUGGAAAAUAUAAUAAUGAAACGGGAAGAACUUCAGCAUCUGAUUGUCUGGAUUGUCUUCCGAGAUAUUAUUGUUACAACCCAGGACAGACAGAAGGAACAGGAGAUGGUUUUUGUGACGCAGGGUAUUAUUGUGAUGGUGGUGCAGUUACAAGCACUCAACAUGAUUGUCCGAAAGGCUCAUUCUGUAUAGAAGGAAGCUCUUCUCCUGAGGUUUGUCCAGCUGGUACAAUUUCCGAAACUACUAACAACAAAAAAGUAGAGGAUUGUAAAGCAUGCGCUGCUGGGAAGUAUUGUACAGAGGAGUCUUCAGUUACUGGUGUUACGAAUAACUGUGAUCCUGGCUUCGUUUGUAUUGGUGGAGCAUCUGUCUCAAACCCUGUUGACAACACCACUGGUUAUGAAUGUCCAGUUGGUCAUAGGUGUCCGGCUGGGGUUGUAAAAGAAAUUGCUUGUGAGGAAGGUACCUACCAAUCGGAGACGAGACAAAGCGUAUGUAAAGAUUGUGAUGCUGGAUUUUAUUGUCCUGAUACUGGAAUGUCAACACCUUUGAUUUGUCCUGAAGGAUAUUUUUGUGUUGCAAAAACUGCUAAGAAUCUCGGACAAUGUGGAUCAGGAACAUUUUCAAAUCAGACGGGAUUAGAUGCAGCAUCAAAAUGUAUUCCAUGUCCAUCAGGAAGAUACUGUGAUGAACUUGCUCUUACUGAUCCAUCAUCGAAACUAUGUACAGCUGGUUAUUUAUGUGUUGAAGGAGCAACAAGUAGUACACCUAAUGAUGGCACAAACGGAUUUUGUCCUGCUGGUUAUUAUUGCCCUCAAGGUACUAGAGCUGCGAUGGAGUGUCCACCAGGUACAAUGCGAACUACCACUAGAGGGACUUCUCUUUCUGAUUGUGUGUCAUGUAGUGCUUCGAAAUAUUGUGAGGGUCCUGCUGCAUCAACUGAGACAGGAGAUUGUCAUGCUGGAUACUACUGCCCCGCCAAUGCUAAUAUUUCAUCCGCAGAACCGUCAGAAUAUCAAUGUCCAGAGGGUCAUUUCUGUAUCAACGGGACCUCAAAUCCAACCCCUUGUACACCUGGUACAUAUCAACCUAAUAAACAAUCUUCUGCAUGCCUUGGAUGUGAAAUGGGUUUUUAUUGCCUGGAAAGCACAAUUAUUCCUCAAGAAUGCCCCAUUGGAAGUUACUGCCCUGCUGAUGUGAGCGGCCCAAUUUUAUGUCCAAAUGGUACAUAUGGUAAUGCUUCAGCACUACAAUCUCCAGAUGACUGUAAUCAAUGUAUAACUGGAUCUUAUUGUACUCAUGGUAACGUCACAGGACCAUGUGCUGCUGGAUAUUAUUGCAUCAGUGGAAAUCCAACUCCCACACCAGAUGGAAGUUCACCAGAGAUGGGAUCUCCUUGUCCUUUUGGAUAUUAUUGCUUAGAGGGAACAAUCGAUCCUUUCACUUGUCCAGAAGGUCUUGUGAUCAGUAACAUAGGUGCAAGCACGAAAAACAACUGUACUUUAUGUCCUGCUGGAUAUACAUGCGCGAAUAGCACGAUCCCCUUAGACUGUGAGCCUGGACAUUACUGUCCAGGCAGUGUCCCUAUGACUCCAUGUCCGAAAGGAACUUAUUCCAACAAAACAAAAGCAACAAAUUCAGGGGAAUGUGAUGCCUGUACUGCAGGAUACUGGUGCUCAAAUGACGGUACUGUUGACCCUACACAAUAUCCGUGUCCAGUGGGUCACUAUUGUCCAGUUGGUACAGGUGGUGUUCCUAACAUUACAUCAGUUUUGGAGCCAAUUCCAUGUAUACCGGGUACUUAUAGGAGCGAUGUCGGGGCUGCUUCCAUUGAUCAGUGCUAUCCAUGUCCCGCUGGUUUUUACUGCCCCAAUGCCACCACGGUAUGUUACGAUUGCUCUGAUUCAGCGGUGACCGGCGUAGCUUGUGAUUCUGGAAUGUAUUGUCCCGCUGGAUCGGCGACUUAUCAAUGGUGUUCAGCUGGGUAUUACUGCAAUGAAACGAAAGAUAAAAUUUUGUGUCCUGGUGGUUUUUACUGUCCUGAAAGGUCGCCUGCACCUAUUCCGUGUCCUAAUGGAAGUUAUUGUGAAGUAGGAGCAAUUAUACCAAGCAAAUGUCCUCUGGGAUAUUAUGAAAUUGAUGGAUCUCAACGAAAUUCAUUCGCUGAUACUUGCUCACCCUGUGCUGCUGGAUAUUUUGGUGCAACUGAUGGUAGACAAAACUGCACAAUCUGUAGAGCUGGAGUUGUAUGUAAGGAAGCUGCCACAACAGAUGAACCAGAACCACAAAAUGCUACUUCCAAUAUAACGAAUUCAUAUCCAUGUCCGCCUGGUUAUUUUUGUCGGAGUGGAGCUACUUUUCCUGUUGCUUGUCCUACUGGAACGUACAAUCCCAAUGAAUACGCAGAAGAUAACACUGAUCAAUUUUGUAUCCCAUGUGCUGUCAAUUAUUUCAACCAUUUGGAGGCACAAACAUUAUGUUUCCCAUGUGGCGGUGAAGCUACUCAACCUAGCAGAGGACAAUCAGCAUGCCAGUGUUCAGGAUCUGGAAGAGAUUUUCAACCAAGUGAUCAAAAGUGUCCUUGUGCAUCUGGUUAUCAAAUAAGUUUGGAAAGAAAUGGAGAUUGUGUCAGGGAAAUUUAUGACUUAUGUCCUGACGGAACAUCUCGAACUCAGAGCGGUUUGUGUUUCACGGAUGUAGAAUGGGAUAACCACUGUAGAAAUGAAGUUUGCCAAACACCUGAAGCAUAUCAAGGUGUUGAUAAAGUACUUGGAACUUGCAAAUGUCUGGUUGAUGAUCUUGAUACAAUAUGUGAUGCUCAAUGUCGUGCAAGGCAACCUUCACUCGUUGAAUUCUGUUGUCCUGAUCCACUGGUCUCUGAUAUUCCACAAAUCAGGGUAUUGGAUUCAAGUGGCAACUACACAUAUUAUACAACUGAUGAAUUAAACGUCAUAAAUUUUGCAAAUGCAAUAUCAAGUAGUCAAUGUUCAUCUGGCACAGCAGUAUGUACACCUCUCUUCAUCACUGAAGUGGCUGGUACUGGAUUUCUUGGUGUUUAUGACCCUGAUUCAACACAGACUAAUAGUUUGUUUACGAGUAAUUUGAAGCCUGCUGCAGCAGCAAGACGUCGUCGCCGGUCAUUGGAAGAUGAAUAUUCAAUGUAUCCUGGUGCAAACUAUCAAGCACCUGUAUUUAAAUAUGAAUUCGAUUCAUCAUUUCAAGCUAUACAAAGAAGAUUACUUGAAACGUCAACAACCACUGUUUAUUCUGGGAUAUUGAAUCCAGUUACUUGUGUUGAGUUUGGAUCAUCUAUGUUAUUCAGUGUCAGCAAUGCAAACUAUCCAAUGUACGAUCAAAACAAUUUAUACAACACCAAUGAAAAUUUUGAUUUUGGAGGAUUUCGUGAAUUAGAUGAGCAAAUGAGUUUAACGGGAAGCACAACUACAUUGUUUUCUUAUAAAUUUUCUGAUCCUGGUGUUUAUACUUUAAUGCUGAGUUCUGAUAAUAACAGAAAGACAUAUGUUGCAGUUAUGGAUGUGGGUGGAACAUGUACAGAAGUUGGACCAUUUUUCCCACAAACACCGAGAUAUAUGAUACAGGCUGGUUUGAGUCUAGACUCCACCAUCUUGCUUGCUCCUGAUUGGAUAUUAAUCACAAUUCUUCUUCUGACUUCAAUACUUUUAAUCUUAAUUUUGGUCGGAGCUCUCAUUUUAUUCCGAAAAUAUGGAUGGGCUAAAACAUCAUUCCUGUCAGCUUACUAUCGUGCAGUGGGAUAUGCAUUCAAUUUGGAUACAUACUCAUCAAAGGGAUCCACAGUUCAUUCAAUCAAGAAAUAUCAUCCAAAUAUAAAUGCAGGAGAUUCUGCCAUCAUGGCUGCAGCUGUUAACGUAGAUUCUGAUUCUGCUAAUAUGGCUGAUGAUGAGUUCUGGGAUUAUGAGAGACAGGUUGAUGUGGAAAACUUCAGUAGUCAACAAUUUUACAACAUAUUGACAAAACAAUCUCAUGGUGUGACUAGCAAAGUAUCAGGACAAAAAGAUGAAAUUAAAGGAUUGUACCAGAAGAUUGCUCAACAAACACAAUCAUUGAAAGAUUUGUGGGCUGCAAAAUUAAAUCUACAAGGACGAGCAUCUCUUGCAACACAAGAAGAACUUGCUGAAUAUGAAAGAAAGAAGGAGGAAUUAGAUAUCGAAUUAGAACGAAGAAAACUUCUAGGAGAAAAAUUCAAAGAAAUACUUCAACAGCAGAGAGAUAUUUCCAUGGAAGAUGAAAGAAUGAGAAAACAUCAUCAAGUUAAUUUUGAUGCUGCAUUACAUGCUGCUCGAAGAACACUUGAUCAAGCAGCAAAAUCAUUGCAAGAAGGAACUCUUGACAGUAAAGACAUUCAAUUCCAAGUAUCAGGUCGUUCUGGAGUUUUAACAAACAGAAUGUCAACACUUGUAACAGAAGAAUGCACUCGACUUGGUGCUUGGGGAGUGAUAGGAGAUGCUACUGGAGCUAAAUUGCUAGAUUCACGUACAAGACAACCUUUGUCAAGAAAUGAAAUAUUUGCUCCUGAUGGUAGUUUGGCAGUCGAUGAAAACACUUGUAAAUUUGAUUCAAUCCUUGGACUUGUUAUUCCUUCUCAUAAUACUGAAAUGUUGUUGCAUAAUGGCCAAACUAUGGUUAUUCCCGAUGGAGAAUAUUUUGUACAUCCUGAUACAGGCUGUGUGCUUCCUAUACACGGAAAUCUUGUAUACGAUCCAAUUUCAUCAAGAGUUAUUUGCGCUGUUGACGCUUCAUCUGGUGAAAUGUCUAAAUCAGAAGAACAUCUCAUUCCAUUUGUGCCUUAUCCUACCGAUAAAUCAACCGGAAAUCCACUAACUAUUGACUUACCUAAUCUUGAAAGACGAGCUGAUUUAAGAUACAAUGCUCCGAUGAUUGAUCCUGGAACUGGACUUACUGUACCAAUAUGUGGAGUCACUAUUCAUCCAACUACAGGAGCUAUUCAUCCAGUUGGUGGUUCGUUCAACAGUCCAGUUACAAAUCUACCAACAGCAAUAGAAAUUGGAUCAUUAAUGAUUGAUGGAGAUUCUGAUCGUCCUGUUAUCAUACUUGGACUCACAUUUGACAAAAACGGAAAAGUGAAACCGUUGGGUGGAACCACAAUGUCGAGUGCAUCAUCUAGCUCCAGGUUGCGAGUCCCCCUUUUAUUUGGUAAUUCAUUCAAAGAGCCUCUGAGCGGAAAAGAUGUACGCUUGAAUUCUGCUCGUCCUCUUGUCAUACCUGAAACAUCUGACAUCGAUGUAGUGCCAUGUGCGGGCGGAUAUAAUGCUUUACUUGAUGCUAGUGUACUCGGAUGUGAAAUUAAAGUCAUAAAUUCCCUGAAGGCUUAUUUGGAUGCUCUAACGGGUCCUGAAGCCAACGAACAAGGCGUUUCAUUCAGUGCUCGAAUGGAGGUUUCACAACUAGAAAACGCGAUCAAAGAACUUUCUGCUGCAAGAGGUAAAAGCAUUGGAAACAUGCUACGGCAAUCUCACGAUUUACUUCGUUCCGAAGAGCGUGCUGAUAUUCUCGCUUCAUGUGGAGGUGCAGCUGGAAUGAUGGAAUUCGAAGCAACCGGACAGUUGUUACCUAUCCUUGUUGGUACUGAUAUGAAAGACCCUGCUGGUUCUGAUCUGCAAGUACCUAUUUUAGGAAUUGAUAAAGCCAAAUUUACUGGGAACAUCAUUCCGCUUGGGGGAAGCAUGGAUGAACCUAAUGGUGCUGGACUGAUACCAAUUGUCAUUGGAGCAAAAACAGUGGAUCAAACUACAUCAAAAUCCGGCAAGGUGGUUGGCGCAAAAAUCAACACAGACUCAGGAAUUGUUGUUCCUAUUGUACAAACUGGGAGUCUCGUUAAUAAAAGACAAAGAAAACCAGCACCUGGAUCACUAGCGAUGCUAGAAGAUGAAAAUGCGGCAAGAAGAGGAUUUUGGAGAAGACAAAGACAGAGGGAAACUGAUUUGGAAAAGAGAUUGGCUGUAUUAGUACAAGAUUUGACUAUGAAUUUUGAAUCACUGACUGCUGAAAAAAUUGAGGAAAAUCUGGAAUCAAUUUCAGAUUCUUGUUAUCAAUUAUCUGGUGCUUUGAAGAGAGAAACCGAAAGAAGAUUGGCUGCUAAAGAUGAACUCAGUGUUGUAUUACCUCCCGAUGUUCUUGCGAUCCUCGGUGAAAAUGAUGAAGAAGAAAAACUGAAUGAGGAAACUGUUCACAACGAUUACAAUAAACUUGUGGAAAUGGUUCGUAAUUUCAUACGCAAACUACAAAUGGAGGAAACUAGGAAGACUGAAAGAUUACUUGAAUGUGUUGAUGCUCAUGAUCCUGUUGCUACAGCAACGGCAAAAGAAGCAGUUAUGUUACGAUAUCAACAAGCUCACAAAAAGAUUCAGAGUGAAUUAUUGGGUCACUUGGAAAACAAGAUUGAAUCCUCAAACAUCAACAUUGCGACGUUGGAAUAUUACAGAAAAAUAUCCGAGUUACUUGCUAUUGAAGCUCGUGAAUUAUUGAAAGGAUCAUCUAUUGUUGCAGGAGAUUAUGAAGUUGUAGCUGCAGGAGUAUAUGGGGAUGAUUUACAGAUGGGUGGACAAAACGAGCUUGUUCCAUUACUCAAACAAUUGAUAGCAUUACUGGAAAGUGGAAUUAACUUUCAACUUGCUCCUGAAAUGUUGACGGCUCUUCAACAAACUCAUUCAUCUCAGCAACAAGCAAAGAUUUUGGAAACUAUAAGACAAACUGCUAUACAGCAACAAGCACAACUUGCUUCACAUAGAAGGCAGGCUGCACUUGGUCAGCAACUCACACCUGGUGCACCUGGUGUUCUACAGAUUUAUAACGAAGGGGAAGGACCAAUAUAUGGGGCUGAUGGUCAAUUGCUGCAUGCUUCAGGACAUAGAAGAAAAGUGCUUAUACAGGAACAUGCUCUUACUCGUGCUGGGGAUCAGACAAUAUCAAUGGAUGGAUUGGUGGAAGGAAAAUCUGAUCCUGAUGACAAAGCCGCAUUGAAAAGACUACAAAUGCGCCGAAUGAGCAGCAAACGUAUCUUAGAUGGCGCCGUUGCAGCACAAAAAGAAGGUGCUGCAGAAGCGAGAGAUAUGAUGGAACGACAUGCUCUUCAAAUUGCCAAACUUGAAAAUCAACUGAGAAGUGAAGAAAUCACGAAAAUUAAUGAGAUUAUUAAUGACGUAGAACAGAAGAAAAAGAAUGAAAUUGCAAGAUUAAGAAAUGAAUUGAAAGAUAAACUGAAGAAUUGUAAAACUGAUGAAGAAAAACAACAGGUCAUGCUCGAGUAUGCAGGAAAGAUCCGAGAUGUUGCUGAAUCAUUGGAAAAAGAGAAACAAAAACGUCUUGCUGACUUGCGUAAAAAUCUUGCGGAAGAAAGACAAAGACGAAAGAAAGAACUUUAUGACAAGCAACUGAAAGAAGCUACUGAAGCUGGACUUGAUCCAUCGAAGGUUGUCACCGACAUUACUUCUGAAAAUGAAGAAGAAGUCAAUAAAGAUCUUUUACUUCUUGCUCAACAACAAGAAAAACUUAUUGCUGAAUUAUUGAAAGCAUAUGAAGAUGAAGACGGUGAUGAUCCUGAUGAGAAGAAACGGAAAUUGGAUGAAGAAAUGGAAGCAAGAAUUAAAGCAUUGAAUGCAUCAAGAGCUGCAUCUCUUAUAUCACAAGAUGACGUGAGUGAACUUCUCAGCACAGGAAAAAAAGAUAACGAUCGUAUUAAUAGCAUGAGAGCCAACAUGAAAGAGAAAAUGAAGAUGAGGAGAGAUAGAAAGAAAUCGAUAAGAAGAGAAUCACUUUCAGAAGUUGGUGCUGGUGGCUUGUUGAAUUCAGAGGAAUUGGAAAUAUUUUCUGCUGGUGUCGAACAAAUUGAGGAAACCAAUAGCAAUAGACUUGAAGCUGCAGUGUUAUCUGCAUUUGAAGAGGCGGAAUUUGAAGUCAGUGAAGCAAAUCGUGCCAAAAAACUGAAAGAACUUCUGUCAGAUGAUAAAGAUCUUGAUGAACAAGAACGUGAUAAAAUUAUUGCUGAAUAUAAACAAAUGACUGAAAAUGUCCAACUGAGAAUGAAUGCACAAAAGCUAAGUCAGAAACAAAAACUAUUUGCCAAAUUGGAAGCUCGAAAGAAACUGAAAGAAGAAAUGGCAAAGGAAAAAGCAGUUGCAAAACAAAUGAAACUCACAACAUCAAACAGCACAUUACCAGAAGGCACUGAUGAAAAAACAAAAGCGAAGAUUGUCGGAACAUUAGAAAAGAUUGAAGAAGAACAAGUAUUCAAUCUAGAAGGACAUAAAGUUGAUGUCGCAUCUGUAUUGGACGAUGAACUGUUAGAUGCACAAGUCGAAAAACUAGCAAUAUUAGAAGAAAAACAUCUGAAAGAAAAAGAGUUGCUAGAGAGUGAAUUGGACAACGAAGUGAACAAAGAAACAUCAAAGAUCGAAAAACAAAUGGAAGAACAAGCUAAACUUCAACAACAAGCAGCAAUAUCAAGAGCACAAGCAGAAGCCGAGGAGAAAAAUUUGAAUGAAAAACAAACGGAAAAAUUGAUGAAGCAAUAUCAGAAACAGGCUGAAGCAUUGAAUAAAUCUCUCUCAUCUGAGAAAAACCGACAAUUGAAUGCUUUGCAAGAACGCAUGAAACAAAGGAAAUUGAGAAAACAAAACCAACUUGAUGCUCAACAAAACGCGGACACAGAAAGAGAAAUGUUGGCCCUUAAAGAACAGAGAAAUGAAGAUCAUAAAAAACAAACCACUGAAGUUGAAAAAAUGGCUAUUCAAUCACUGGCCACAGAUAAAAGUUUGGAAACAUCUAUGGAACAAUUUGUUCAAGAAGUUCUUCUUCCAAGACAUUUGAAGGAAAUGACGGAACUUGCACAAAUACUGGAACGAGAAAUGGAAGCUGCUAAAUUAGAAGCCAAAGCUAAGGCUGAAGCUGAUCGUGACAGAAUCAGAGAACAGAUGGUUGCAAGACAUGAAAAAGAAAUUGCUGAUUUGUUAUUGGAAAAUGCAGGCGAACCUGCCAAUAAAGUCAUCAAGCUGAAACAAAAAUUGCAAGCUAAACAUGAGAAAGAACUCAAAGAGUUUGAUCAAGACAGUGAAAAAUAUUUGAAAUCAGUUGUUGUUGCUACUACUGCUCCUCUCACUAUUUCUCAUGCUCAACGUAAACUCGAAAUGAGAGAAAAACAUCUUCAAGAGCUUGCUGAUACUUUGAGAAGUCUUGAUCCAGAAGAGAUGUUGAUCAAGAAAUACAGUGAUGAAGCAGCACGAGCCGCAGCUGAGGCUGAACAAUUCCGUCGAACCAAAGCUAAAGAAAUGGAAAGAAAACUUGAACAAAUGAAGGAAGAAAGACGUAGAAAGGAGAAUGAGGCAAACAAACACAUGAAUAGUGAACUUGCUGCCCUUGAGAGAGAACUUUCAUCUGAGUCUCUCAUGGAGAAAGAGAAACUGGAGAGGAAACUCGAACAAGACAGUGAAAUGAAAUUGAGAGAAGCUCGUGAGAAAGAAGAAGGUAUACUUCACUCGAAUAUUGAUGAAGAUGAAAAACAAAGAUUAUUGAAGGAACACAAUGAACAUGUCAAGAAACUUCAAUCACAACUGGAGAAAGACAAAGCAAAGAGCAGAUCUGAACUGCAAAGAAAAUUGGAAGAAAGACGUAAGAAACGUAAAGGAGAAAAAAUGAACGAAUUGCAAGAAGAAGUUGGUAAACAACAAGCACAAUUACAAAUGCAAGAAGCUGCUAAAAUGCAAGCAAUUGCUAAAGAAGGCGAAAAAGCAAUGAAAGAAACUGAAAAUGCAUUAAGAGCCAAACAGGAAGAGACAGUCAGCUUGGAUGGAUCCAUUGCAUCAUUUGACCCAAUGUCAUCCCAGCAAGCAGGAACAUCGACAAUAAUUCCUCUUUCACCAGGAUCAUCAGUUGAAGACUGGAGUGCUUUGAUGUUAGCUUCUCCAUUCUUCCAGGAAUUAAAAUCAGUGGAAGAGACAUUGAAGAAACAUUUGAAUGAACAAUCACAAGGAGUAAAGAGUUCAAUAUCAACACCUUUCAUUGAUAUUCAGGAUGCUCAAUGGAUGUUGAAUGGCAAACUAGAUCCAGUUGAUCUGAAUAAAAUAUCACCAAGUGAAUUUGUUAUUUAUCGAUUUGGAGUUUUCGUCACAAAUAUGAUGCAACAGGUUUUGGAGACGGAAGAAGUCAAUCUUCUUCUUGCAAGCCAAUUGCCAAACAACAACUAUCAUAAAAAUGCUUUCCGUCGAUCUAUACAUUAUCAACGUGCUCCUAACUCUACUCUCUUCAUUCGUCGAGAACGUCUUACAUCUGUAGGAGAUUUAAUCAUGGUUAUUGUGCAUUCUAUGGCUCACAUAUCAGUUGGACAAAUGGAAGAUGAUUCUGAUCCAUAUUUCUUGAGAGCUUUUUAUAAGGGAAUGAAGAGUGCAUGUGAAGACUUGUUUUUUGCAAGAGCUAGAGCAGCAAAGAAAUCGACUACUAGAUAUACCGGUGCUUCAAGCUCCAGUGGUCUUGAUGUUGCUCCUCUAGAAAGUGCUAAAACUUUGGAAGAAAAAACAAGUGUGCUGGAAGAUCUUGUUGACAUUAAAGUUUUCAUUCCAUCUUCUGAAGAAUUUUCAAAGGAUAAUGUCCAGCACAGAAUAUCUCAAUAUGAUGAUUUCAAAAGCAAACAGAAGGUGCAGAAACUUCUUACAACAUCUAACAUCGCAAACGAUACUGCUAAAGAUGCUGUCGCUGAAAGACUAAGAAAACUCAGAGGACUUGGGAACACACCUAUUAGUCCAUCUGCUAAAGUUCUUCCACUUGAUGAAGGAAAGAGUGAAUCUGCAAAAGAAGUUUUGAAACAGCAAGUUGAAAGAAUAAAGAAUGAUGUUGAUAAUGUGGAUCAAGAAUUUGUUGAUAAUUCAAGUGAUUUAGUUCGUGUUGUUGAAGGAAUGGAAGCAGUUGAUGAAGAUUCGUAUGAGAUUCCUGCUACAGAAGAUCAACAAGAACAUUUCCAUAAACUACGUUUGAGGAGAAGUCAUAUGAUUAACAAAUCCAAACAACUGGACAAAGAUCUUGGAGAUAAAAUGAAGCAUUUGUAAAAAUUGCGCUUCCAGUUAGUACUUUGUAAAUAGAUUUUUUGUAGAAUAAAAAGCCUGCAGUAUAUUAGUUCAAAUAUGUUUUGCAGUUCGUAGAUAUUUUCAGAGCAAUUUACUUUUCUGUCAGAUUUCAUAAUUACUAGUAAAAUUGAAUUUGAAAUAAAUUUGAAUUUCAUAGUUAGUCGUGAGCUAAAUAUAAAUCAAAAAAUCAAGUAAAGUGAGUUAUUUAACAGUAAAUUUUCAUUAAAGUUGUCUAUUAUAAAUAGUAACCACUGUAUAAUUUAUUUUUUUAUUGUAUCUCGACAGUCGCGGCAAUUAUGUUGUUUUGUUUGCACCUUCAAGAUCAUGCACUUAGUCUUUAUUUUUCUGUUUCUUUUUAAAUGAAAUUUUGUACGAGCUUGUUUAUUAAUUAGCAAUAUAUUAGUCGUGUGACCAUGUUAUCGAACCAUUUAGAAGUUCCGAAUAUCAUUUGCAUUGAAAUUCCAGUGAUUUUUUUUUAUUUUUUUUUCACAUAUCAUCCACUGUAUUUUUUACCAUUCUUCAGGAUAGUUUGAAAACUUUUUUUGAUAAAAUCUGUUUUAGUGUUUCUUCUUCACUUAAACUAAAAAUUGAGCAGUUUUUGUAUUAUUUUCUAAAUCUUCCAUUUUACUGGAAACGGUGACAGUGCAUAAUGCUAUGUUUUCACAUAAGUUAUGUGUUUUCUAUUUUUUGUAUAUCCGAUUUAUUUAUCAAUAUCGGUUUUCAUUCAUAAGCUAUAUAUAAUCAAUAACACAGCAUCUUCCUGCAUCCGAGGCCCAUACUCGGAUGUGUCCACUACAAAUAGAGUUUUAUGUUCUAAACUUUUGCAGUAUCUAGUGAAAAAUUGGAUUCUAUAUUUCUUAAGUUUAACUGUGGUCAACUAAUGAAGCAUACCUUAGCAUUUGUUAUUGAGCAAUAAUUAGAUUAGAUUGAAAGCUUGGCUUCACCCCGUUUUUGUAAAGUUCCCGUUCACUUCUCUCAUUAUUACAUCACAGGUACUUCAUAUUUCACUUGUAAUUCAUUACUAAUACCAAAAAAUAUAUUUAUGCAC